AUUUUUUAUAAAAAAAAAUAUUAUAAUAAAUCAGAAAUGAUGAUUCAAAUCACAUCUUCUCAAGUGCCCAGAUAAUCACUUUGUGAGUUUGUGACUUUGCUUUUUUCUAGAGAGAGAGAGUGUGUGUGUGAGUGAAGAAGAAUGUCAGGUUGUCAGUGUUGCUCAAAUCCUCCAACUCUAAACCCAAGCAGUGGAGCAGGGCAUGUUGAGAAGCUUGGUGGUUUAGACUCCUAUGUCACUGGCUCUCCAAAUUCCAAGCUUGCGGUUCUUCUUAUAUCUGAUAUUUAUGGAUUUGAAGCUCCAAACUUGAGGAAGCUGGCCGACAAGCUUGCAGCUGCUGGAUUCUUUGUGGCUGUUCCCGACUUCUUACAUGGCGAUCCAUAUGUGUCUGAGGAUUUUAGCGGGCUAGGAAUUUGGUUACAAGACCACGGAACGGAUAAGGGAUUUGAAGAAGCAAAACCAGUCAUAGAAGACUUAAAAAGCAAAGGAUUUUCUGCGAUAGGUGCUGCUGGCUUUUGUUGGGGCGCAAAGGUUGUAGUUGAAGUUGCAAAGUUCACCAACUUUAUUCAAGCUGCUGUGCUCUUACAUCCUUCCUUCGUCACUCUAGAUGAUAUCAAAGAGGUCAAGGUUCCAAUUGCCAUACUUGGAGCUGAGAUUGAUCAGGUGUCGCCUCCAGAGCUUGUGAAACAAUUUGAGGAGGUUUUAAGCGCAAAGGCCGAGAUUGAUUCCUUUGUGAAGAUAUUUCCUGGAGUCGCACAUGGUUGGACCGUCAGGUAUGAUGUUCAAGAUGAAGCGGCUAAUAAGCGUGCAGAGGAGGCUCACAAGGACUUGUUGGAAAUUUUCACCAAGCAUGUUAAGUGAAGGCAAUUCAGAACCAACUGGUACCUUAAUUUUCACUUUGGUGCUACCUACGAGAAGCACAAGUAUUUAUCUUAGGACUACUUCCUUUUGUCCCAUGUUUUGAAUAAUUAGCAAUUGAACUCGACUUUCUAUGUACCUUGGUUUCUUUUGAAGGACUUGAAAAUCUACAUCAAUAAUAAAUUCCUACUAAAAAUCUGUUAGUUUUCCGAUUC